AUCUUUACCACGCGGCGGAUUUCCCGUCUCAUCCUGUAGUGGACAAAAAAUACCGUCGCUCAGUUUCGGCUCCGACUGUUCCACGCGGAAAACCCGAGCCCGCAGCUCGCAACACUCGCCGGAGUAGUGUGAAUGAGGCGGAACGGAAAGUGAUCCCUAUGGCUGAAUUACAUCGGGCCUUCAAUAUGCACCGGGUAAAGAGUCCGAAGAAAUUGACGAAGCCAGUAAAACCCGCUUUGUCCUCGUGCUUACAACCACUCACGAGCGAGGAGGAGCGUGAAUUAGCGGACUCGGUUCGCGAAAUUCGGUCCAGCAGCGCCUCCUGCGCCGAAGACGAAAGUGCGGCUGAAGUACAACCGGCUGAGAACCACGAACAAGAUACGAUACAAACUGAUCCGGAAGCGGACAAACAUAUCAUUUCCGUCAAGAACGAGUGCACCUACGACGAGAUGCCGGAUUGGCUCAAGCCGAAAGCAGUCGUAAAGGUAGCGCCUCCGUCAUUGGCUGAAGUGGGUGCGGGCUUGUCCGCUCUCGCCAAUUUUGACACCUCGGUAGUAGCGCAGCAUGUGCGCAAGUUCCCCCUCGUCGCGAAGGCGUUCUACUUGAAGCACGGACAGAUUAGCAGUGUUUCGUCUCUCGCGUCAAAGGUCGGAGGAGGUUACUCGUCUAGCGACGAACAGACGACGACCAGCGCUGCACCAGGAGCGCUGUUACGAAUUCUGACGGCCCUCGAAAAACAUGGCAAAAAAGGUGUGCCGGCUGGUUUACUUCAAUGAAGAAAUUGAAAUACUUAGUAGUCUACAUCCUCAUAUUGUAUUCUCAUUCUCUCAUGACCUAACUUCAUCCUCCUCAACAAUUCCACAUAAAACUCUCAACCUUAGAAGGUACAACAACAUUAAAACAACAACAACAGCAACAGCCUCAAAAUCACCUCCUACAACAGGAACAUUUGAAGACAUCGCCCACCGCCUACUCUCUCAGAGACUAGAUUGAUGUCCUUUCUACACUCUUAUUCCACCGAAAUACUGAUCUUAGAAAGUCCUAGGUUCAUCUUAUACUUAGUAGUUGCUUAGCUUCUAUAAUCAUUUAUUUUUCAUCAACAUCAUCCAGUGUUGUUGAGUUAUCCUGUUGACAUGUCAUUCCACUAGUAUGCUAAAACAAAUAUUUGGGAAUAUAGAUUAUCGUACAACUGUCAUUGUAUUGCAGCUACAUCUUGUAUUCACUUAUAAAUCGAAAAUGUACCAUACUGUUCUUUGAUAGACAUCUUAUCUGGGUGGAUUUUGGUGAAUUGUUGUCAAACUCUGGGGUGUGUUGUUCUUGUUCCUAUCUAAGACGCUUGGUUCAGAUUAUCUAUCAGCAUCGGCGCGUAUCUCGAAAACUAGUAUAAUAGAAAAACGUGCAAGAAUCAAUCAACAUAUCAUGACAUGUUAUUUAAACGCAGUGCUUCUUAUUAGAAACCUUUUCUUUCUUUUCACGUAUAUCUCUGCAUAUAAUCGUGCACAUUUACAACCAACAGCUUAUCGAUUGCGGCUUCAAAUUCUUGUUUCCAUGUACAUAGACGUUGGUAUAAAAAUUCGUUAGUGAGGACUGUGUGGCCAUAUCGAAACAGUUCAUCUGUACCAGGAAACGUUGAUCGACAAACCACAACUCACCAACGUUGCUGUGGAGGAGGCUGAACAAGAACGCAAGAGCUGGCGUGCUUCUCGUCUGGCAUGCUCGAUUGCUGUCCGUCUCGUACUCUAUCGUUCUCGCAAGCAUGAGUUAACUCAGGAUGGAUGCUUUUCUGCUCGUUUACUUUGCGCUACCUUACUCGCGUUUUUACCUCCUCUGCUGCAAGAAAACGGUAAUGAUAUGUUCGUCCCUG